UUUCAACAAUACUUAACCAAACAUUAUCCCAACAACCUUUUUCUUUUUAUUACAGGGGCCCAUACCCCCCAACAGUUGACCCUAACGUUAAGGUCGGUCAAGUGCAGAAGAAAUAAAUAGUCCUAUACGAAAAAGUAUAGGACCAAUCGCCACUGUGCCACGUGUCCAACCCGCCAUAGUCGUUGCUUCCACAGCUCGGAUUCGUUCCCAAUUUUCAAUCACAAAAAAAAUAAAAUAAAAGUCUAAUUUACAACUUACGAGCUAGGACAGCAGCGCCGCCGCCAUACCGCCGUCGUAAUUAUAUAAUUAGCAAUUAAGGCCUUCCAAAAAUCAGAUUUUAUUUUUCUUUCCCAGAAACGUUGACUAUGAGUUCCGUCCUUUCCUCUUCCCCUCAGAUCAAUUUUCCGGUAGCCGUUGAAUCGCCGCCAUGCCGCCGCCGGCGCGGAGAAUCAUUUCUUGCAAAGGCCUGCGGCGGCGCCGGAGCGGCCGAGGAAUCCGGCGGCGGUGAUAAGCUGAGGAUUUUGGUCGCCGGCGGCGGGAUUGGCGGCCUGGUUUUUGCGCUGGCGGCGAAGAGGAAGGGGUUUGACGUGGCGGUGCUGGAGAGGGAUUUGAGCGCCGUGAGAGGUGAGGGGCGGUACAGAGGUCCGAUUCAGAUACAGAGCAAUGCGCUGGCGGCGCUGGAGGCUGUCGACGCGGCGGCGGCGGAGGAGAUCAUGGGGGCGGGAUGUAUCACCGGCGAUCGUGUGAAUGGAUUGGUCGAUGGAAUCUCCGGCAACUGGUACACAAAAUUCAAUAUGUUCACUCCGGCAGCCGACCGCGGCCUUCCGGUGACUCGGGUGAUCAGCCGUAUGACCUUACAACAAAUCCUCGCCGAUGCCAUUGGAUCCGACAUUAUAAAGAACAAUAGCAACGUUGUUGAUUUUAAGGAUGAUGGCAAAAAGGUAAUAGUGAAGCUCGAAAACGGGGAAUUUUACGAAGGAGACAUUCUUGUUGGCGCGGAUGGAAUCAAGUCGAAGGUGCGCAAAAUUUUGUUUGGGCUGAGCGACUCUACAUACUCCGGCUACACUUGUUACACUGGAAUCGUGGAUUUCGUGCCUGUAGAUAUUGAGAUGGUUGGGUAUCGAGUGUUCUUAGGGAGUGGACAAUACUUCGUUUCGUCGGAUGUAGGAGGGGGGAAGAUGCAAUGGUAUGCAUUUCAUAAUGAAUCUCCGGGAGGCGAGGAUCUUCCCGGAGGUCGAAAAGCGAGGCUACUUAAGUUGUUCGAAGGAUGGUGCGAGAAUGUUAUAGAAUUGUUGCUAGCCACGGACGAAGAAGUAAUUCUUCGACGCGAUAUAUACGACCGGAAUCCAAUGUUUACGUGGGGAAAGGGUCGCGUCACGUUGCUCGGAGAUUCGGUCCACGCGAUGCAACCGAACAUGGGACAAGGAGGUUGCAUGGCCAUUGAGGACGCUUACCAGUUAGCGCUAGAGCUCGAUAGAGCGUGGAGGAAAAGCGUUGAGUUGGGAAAGCCAGUUGACAUCGUCGGAUCUUUAAAAAGAUACGAGAAUGCUCGAAGAGCUCGCGUCGCUAUCAUUCAUGGACUAGCUAGAAUGGCGGCGAUCAUGGCGACAAACUAUAAAGCGUAUCUUGGCGUUGGACUUGGUCCGUUGUCGUUACGUUUACAGCAUCCCGGAAGAGUUAUAGGAGGUUUCUUUGUCAAUGUUUUUAUGCCCCUAAUGCUAAAUUGGGUUCUCGGCGGAAACGGAUCAAAACUCGAGGGAAGAGUACCGCAUUGUAGGCUUUCGGACAAGGCGAGUAACGAGUUACGGAGAUGGUUAAAUGACGAUGAUGCUCUAGAGCGCGCUCUCGACGCGGAUUGGUUUCUAUUCCCCGUUGGCGAUUCGAAUGUCGUGUGCGAGACCAUCUCCUUAACCCGCGACGAAAAUAAGCCAUGUAUAGUCGGGUGUGUUCAUCACUCAAAUUUUCAGGGAGUGUUCGUGGAAUUAGAUUCGCCGCAGGUCUCAAAAAUGCACGCUCGGAUAAGCUACAAAGAAGGGGCCUUUUUUUUGACCGACUUGAAGAGCAAGCACGGCACAUGGAUCACAGACAAUGAAGGUAGACGACGCCGCGUUGCUCCAAACUUCCCGAAUCGUUUCCAUCCCGCUAAUGUGAUCGAGUUCGGAUCCGAUAAAAAGGCAGCAUUUCGAAUCAAGACGUUGAAGCGAUCACGGAGAAAUGAGCCGACCGGAUGCGAAGCUGUCCAGAGCCCCCGGCCAUCGUAUAGAGAAGUCGUAGAGAUAAAAUUGAAAAGUUAGAAUAUAUUUGAUAAUCGAUUAAGUCAAAUUAUCACUAUACUUGUAAUUUUUUAUUUUAUUAUUAUUAAUGUAAGAAUGUUUUAUGAUAUUUUUAGUAAAAAAUUAA